CUGGGGUCGGUUUCGGAAGUUUAGAGUGAGCCACGUCUUCACGCCCUUGCGGGAUCGAAACUUUCCCAGCCCGCAGAGGGCAACAAAGGGCGGGCGCGCGGGCGUCUCGCAGCCGGAGCAGAGGCGCGGCGGCGGGGCGGGACCCCGGUUCCUUCGCGCACCCACCGCUUCUCUCUCCCGCUCUGACCCUAGUCCUGGAAGGGAUGCAGGAGGCCGGGGCCGACUGCGCUGUAGCCUUCGCCGAGGCCCAGAGAUGGGUGGAGGCAGUAACAGAGAAGAAUUUUGAAACAAAAGAUUUUCGAGCCUCUCUAGAGAAUGGUGUUCUGUUGUGUGACUUGAUUAAUAAACUUAAACCUGGUGUCAUUAAGAAGAUCAAUAGACUGUCUACACCAAUAGCAGGUUUGGAUAACAUAAAUGUUUUUUUGAAAGCUUGUGAACAGAUUGGAUUGAAACAAGCUCAGCUUUUCCAUCCUGGGGAUCUACAGGAUUUAUCAAAUCGAGUCACUGUCAAGCAAGAAGAGACUAAUAGGAGAGUGAAAAAUGUUUUGAUAACAUUGUACUGGCUGGGAAGAAAAGCACAGAGUAACCCAUACUAUAAUGGUCCCUAUCUUAAUUUGAAGGCAUUUGAGAAUCUCUUAGGACAAGCUCUGACUAAGGCACUUGAAGAUUCCAGCUGCCUGAAAAGGACUGGCAGGGACAGUGGUUACGGUGAUAUCUGGUGUGCUGAACGUGGAGAAUUUCCUCCUCCUCCAGGCAACCAUAAGAGAGAAGACUCAUUUGAAAGCUUGGACUCUCUCGAGUCUAGGUCAUUCACGAGUUGCUCCUCUGAUACCACGCUGAGAGGGGGACGUGAAGGUUGUGAAAGUGACACAGACUUUGAAUUUACAUCCAAAAUGCAAGAUUGUAAUAAAGAUGAUAUGUCGUAUCGAAGGACUUCGGCUAUUGAACCAAAGUCUGCUUUACCAUUCAAUCGUUUUUUACCCAACAAAAGUAGACAGCCAUCCUAUGUGCCAGCGCCCUUGAGGAAGAAAAAGCCAGAGAAAAAUGAGGAUAACAGAAGAAGCUGGGCAAGCCCAGUCUAUACAGAAGGAGAUGGAGCGUUUCCAAGUGGACACAAAAAGAAUCCUUUAAUUUCCCAUCAAAUUAGCAGAGCAGAGUGUGAUUUUUCAAAUCCAGCUUCCCGGCAGGAGGAGGUAUAUGAUUCUGAAAGUGGCUCAGACGCUGAGGAUGAACGAAGGUUGCCUGAUGUAGUUUUGGAUGACUUAGCCUACCGUAGAUUCCAAAUGAAAAAGAGGCCUGAGAGGUGCAUCUCGAAAACCAUCUCUCCUAAUUCUUGUCCACAAAUAUUUUCUCCUGCUGACCCAUUAGCCACUGGGGCUUACAAACUGAUGAGUAACGAGAGGAGAGCUUGGGCCACAAACGUGGGGAACUGGCCAACAGGACAAGAAACUUCAAGCUCUUUUUAUUUGGAAGAAGACGAAAAGACAAGUGCACCCAACACUGUCAAGGAUGAUCUUUAUGUGCGAAAACUACGUCCAAUCAUGCCAAACCCAGGAAAUGCUUUUGAUCAGUUUCUUCCCAAAUAUUGGAUCCCAGAUGAUGUGAACUGGAAAAGAAUAAAAAGGGAAACUUGUAAACCAUGGUACAAAGAAUUUCAGGGAUUCAGUAGCAAGAAUUCAGACUCUGGGGAUGAGGAUUCAGGCUCUGACAGAAGCUCCACCAUUUUUACUAGAAUUCAAAAAACAGAGCGUAGGCUAGCCAGCAACUCCCAAAGACGUUCGCUCUUGCUGGAAUUGGCUACCAAAAAGGCCAGAAACUCCCAGGACACCUAUGCAGCCAGGAGAACCAGUGGUGCCUCUGACGAGCCCAGUCAGUUUUUAUUACUUCAGGCCCUCCAAACAUACUCUGAUGACAUCUUGUCUUCUGAAACAAAUAUCAGAAUUGAUCCCACUGCUGGCCCAAGGCUCAUAACACGCAGAAAGAAUCUCUCUUAUGCACCAGGGUAUAGAGAUGACCUCGAGAUGUCAACCUUGGAUCCUGACCUAGAGAAUGACGAUUUCUUUGUCAGAAAGACUGGGGCUUUCCAUGCAAAUCCAUGUGUACUCCGGGCUUUUGAAGACUUCAGAAAGUUUUCUGAGCAAGAUGAUCCCAUAGAACGAGAUAUAAUUCUGCAAUGUAGAGAAGGUGAACUUGUGCUUCCAGAUCUAGAAAAAGAUGAUAUGAUUGUUCGCCGAAUCCCAGCCCAGAAGAAAGAGGUGCCUCUGUCAGGUGCCCCAGAUAGAUACCACCCAGUCCCUUUCCCUGAACCCUGGACUCUUCCUCCAGAAAUUCAAGCAAAAUUUCUCUGUGUACUUGAAAGGACGUGCCCUUCCAAAGAAAAAAGUAAUAGCUGUAGAAUAUUAGUUCCUUCAUAUAGGCAGAAGAAAGAUGAUAUGUUGACUCGUAAGAUCCAAUCUUGGAAGCUGGGAACUACUGUGUGUCCCAUCAGUUUCACCCCUGGGCCCUGCAAUGAGGCGGACUUAAAGAAGUGGGAGGCCAUCCGGGAGGCCAGCAGGCUUAGACACAAGAAACGGCUGAUGGUUGAGAGACUCUUUCAAAAGAUUUAUGGUGAGAAUGGGAGUAAGUCCAUGAGUGAUGUCAGCGCAGAGGAUGUUCAGAACCUGCGUCAGCUGCGUUACGAGGAGAUGCAGAAAAUAAAAUCACAAUUAAAAGAACAAGAUCAGAAGUGGCAGGAUGACCUUGCAAAAUGGAAAGAUCGUCGAAAAAGCUACACCUCAGAUCUGCAGAAGAAAAAAGAAGAGAGGGAAGAAAUUGAAAAGCAGACUCUUGAGAAGUCUGAGAGAAGCUCUAAGACAUUUAAGGAAAUGCUGCAGGACAGGGAAUCCCGAAAUCAAGUGUCUACAAUUACAUCAAGGAGGAGAAUGUAUUCUGAUGAUGAUGCCUUGAGUGAAGAAAAGCUUUCACCUACACUGAGUAUGUCAGAAGCAAGUUACCGGAGCGAGAGAGUAGAAGAGAAGGGAACAGCUCAUCCUACAGAAAUUCCUAAACAGGGUUCUACAACUUUUGCAAAACGGGAGGACAGUGCAACAGCUGAAAUUCAGCUGCCUUCUAAAAGCCCUGUGGAAGAACAACACCCAGCCUCUUUGUCUUCUCGUCAUUCACUGAGUACACAAAUGGAGUCAACUCGAGUUUCAGCUUCUCUCCCCAGAAGUUACCAGAAAACUGAUACAGUCAGGUUAACAUCUGUGGUCACACCGAGACCUUUUGGCUCUCAGUCAAAGGGAAUCUCAUCACUCCCGAGAUCCUACACGAUGGAUGACGUGUGGAAGUAUAAUGGAGAUGUGGAAGGCAUUAAGAGAACUCAGAGCAGUGUGGCCAGCACCUCUGUGCACACACUGGACACAAGCCAGCUUGCUUCCAGUUUGUCCAGCAAGGGAGAUGCAGCGGCAGGAGAGAACGGGGUGCGGCUGCCUUCUCCCGCACCCACCUUCUCAUCUCCUUCCCAGGACCAGGCUGCCACUCCCACAGCCACUGUGUCUUCUUCCCUGUCUGGCCCCGAUUUAAUGUCUGAGCUUGAAGAAGGGAGAACCUCACCACAGACAGAGGUCUCAAAAAAAAAGGAUCAGUUCAGUGAUAUGAGGAUCAGCAUCAACCAAACGCCUGGAAACGGCCUUGACUUUGGGUUUACAAUAAAAUGGACUUUUUCUGGGAUCUUCAUAGCAUCACUCAAAGCAGGUAGCCCAGCAGAAUUUUCUCAGCUACAGGUAGAUGAUGAAAUUAUUGCUGUUAACAACACCAGGUUUUCAUAUAAGGACACAAAAGAGUGGGAGGAAACCAUGGCUAAUGCUCAAGAGACUGGAAACUUAGUAAUGGAUAUCAGGCGCUACGGAAAGUCUGACUGGGGCAAAGACCAGCCUUCCCUGCCAUUUACACGGCAUAAAACCCUCAAUCUCACCAGUAUGGCUACCAAAAUUAUAGGUUCACCUGAAACAAAGUGGAUUGACACAACUUCUGGAAUUUACAACUCAGACAAAUCUUCAAAUCUGUCAAUAACAACUGAUUUCUCAGAAAGCCUUCAGCAUUCUAAUACUGAAUCUAAGGAAAUUAAUGGCAUUCGUGAUGAAAACAGUACUUUCGAAUCAAAAGCAUCUGAACCUAUUUCUUUGAAAAACUUAAAAAGGCGCUCACAAUUUUUUGAACAAGGAAGCUCCGAUUCUGUGGUUCCUGAUCUGCCAGUUCCGACUCUCAGCGCCCCCAGUCGCUGGGCGUGGGAUGCGGAGGAGGAGCGGAAGCGGCAGGAGAGGUGGCAGAAGGAACAGGACCGCCUGCUGCAGGAAAAAUAUCAGCGUGAACAGGAGAAACUAAGGGAAGAGUGGCAAAGGGCUAAGCAGGAAGCUGAGCGAGAGAAUUCCAAGUACUUGAAUGAGGAACUGAUGGUCCUAAAUUCAAACAGCAUUUCUCUGCCCACACGAGAGCCUGCUGUUGCCUCCUGGGAAGCCACCUGGGGAGAAGUGUCCAAGUCUGUAGACAGGGAAGGGACCCGAGCAGGAGAAGAGGAGCAGAGAGAGCAGCCACAGGAAGGAGUGAAUGUGGACCAGAGAACCAAGCUGCAAGAACAACUCGCCCUUGAGAAAGAGAGGAAGCUCAAGGAGCAGCAGUGUCAGGAAGAGCAGGCGCAGAAGCAGCGUCAGGCGGAGGCCCCGGAGCAGAAGCUCCACGCAGAGAGGGAGAAGGAAACUUCAGUCAGAAUCUACCAGUACAGAAGACCUGUUGAUUCCUAUGAUACACCGAAGAGAGAGGAAGAAUCUCCAGGUUUGCUUCCUAGUGACAGGAAUAAAUCCAGGACCACCACUGAACUGGAAGAUUUCCCCACAAACAAAAAUGGAAGCAAUAAAAAUUUAGACCGAAUUGGGAGCACUAGCUCAUUACAGAGGAGCAUCAAGAAGGAACAAGGCCCAUCAGAAGCAGAGCUGGAGAGACAACAAAUCCUCCAAGAAAUGAGGAAGAGAACAUCCCUUCACAAUGACAACAGCUGGAUCCGACAGCGUAGUUCCAGUGUAAAUAAAGAGCCUAUUUGUCUGCCUGGGAUUAUGAGAAGAGGUGAAUCUCUAGAUAACCUGGAUUCCCCAAGAUCCAAUUCAUGGAGACAGUCUCCUUGGCUCAAUCAGUCUACAGGCGUCUACGCUUCCUCCUCUGUUCAAGACUUCAGUCGCCCUCCAGCCCAGCUGGUGUCCUCAUCAAACCGUGCCUACGUGCGCAAUCCGUCCUCCGGCGUACCCCCUCCUUCAGCCGGCUCUGCGAAGACCACCAGCUCACCUUCUCCCACGCCCCGCAGCCACUCUCCCUCAGCGGCGCAGUCAGGCUCCCAGCUACGCAACAGGUCAGUCAGUGGGAAGCGUGUGUGCUCCUACUGUAAUAACAUUCUGGGCAAAGGAGCCGCCAUGAUCAUCGAGUCCCUGGGGCUUUGUUAUCAUUUGCAUUGUUUUAAGUGCGUGGCCUGUGACUGUGCCCUCGGAGGCUCUUCCUCAGGAGCUGAAGUCAGAAUCAGAGACAACCAACUGUACUGCAACGACUGCUAUCUCAGAUUCAAAUCUGGACGGCCAACCGCCAUAUGAUGUUGGCCUCCUUUCGAAGGCACUGUUGCAGAUAGAAGAGGAGGCGGUUCAUGCUGAUGUAGAGCUAUAAAUAUAUGUUGUACGUCGUUUUUGGUCUCUUUUAUAAAAAGAAGAAAAGAAUAACACUUUGUGGGGCCUCUUUAGAUUACAUUGAAGCAUUAUAGUCCUGUUAGAACCUGUAUUUUGUUGUUGUUUAUUUAUAAGGAGGUAAUUAUAUGUGGGGGAAUGUGCAGUAUUUACUUUCUGAGUUCAGCGUUUUAAAAGCACAAGGGAAAAAAAAGAACUUGCAAGUAUUUUUGAGGCUGACAAUCUAGUUUGACUUUCUAGUGGUGUUUUGAAGGGGGUUAUUUUAUUGUUUUUUUAAAAGUUCUGAAACAUUGGACAAAGUUAAUAUAAAUAUGUAAUUGCAUUUGCUCUGUUUAUUGUAAUGUAAAUUAAUGCAAAACCAUAAGGAAACUCACUAAAAUGCACCCCCAAAUUUGCUUUCUGUUUUGUUCGUUUCAUCUAUAUAAUAGGAUGAUUCUUAAAAGUUAUGUAACAUUUAUUUGCUUGGUGAGGGGAAUUCAGUUUUCUUCACCAGAAUUGUGGCUAAGCAAUUUCCAAUAGAAAGCUUCUGCUUUUCAUUAAUGGAAAAUCAUCCCAGUUUGUAUACCCGAAGUUUUCUCCAAAAACUAGUGAGCCUUUCUGUUCAACGGCAUUUGUAAAUAAACUUGCUGAUGCAUUUAAGAA